GACGCUGCACCGUCAUUCUCAUCAUCGUUUCGAACGAGUAAGAGGUGUGAGUAAAGACGACUGUCGAAAAUGCCACCAAAGACUAGUGGAAAAGCAGUUAAAAAAGCUGGUAAAGCUCAAAAAAAUAUCAGUAAAGCAGAUAAAAAAAAGAAACGCAGAAGGAAGGAAAGUUACGCUAUUUACAUUUAUAAAGUUCUUAAACAAGUACAUCCAGAUACUGGUAUUUCUAGUAAAGCUAUGAGCAUUAUGAAUAGUUUUGUGAAUGAUGUAUUUGAACGCAUUGCGGCUGAAGCAUCUCGCUUGGCACAUUAUAACAAAAGAUCAACGAUUACUUCUCGAGAAAUUCAAACGGCUGUACGUUUGCUUCUUCCUGGUGAGUUAGCCAAACAUGCUGUCAGUGAAGGAACUAAAGCCGUUACCAAAUAUACUAGCUCUAAAUAAGCAAAUGACCAUACAAACCUGCCCUUUUUAGGGCGACAAAGAUUUAAUACAUGGGAAUCUCUCGUUCUCUACAUUUUAUUUUUUAAGUAAAUAGUUCUUUAAUAUAUUUAUAAUCUUGUAAAUUACUACAUUCAUAAAGAAAUUUCAAACAUCAUGUCUUUAAAUAAAAAGAAAAAAAUAAAUGUUUAUAUAAUGUUAGAAUAUAGAUAAAUAUAAGUUUUUCAUGUAUAUAGAUAUGAAAUUUAUACUAUAUAGAUUAUAAGUAUUAGAUUUAAAAUUAAUAUAUUUGUUAUAAAUAUAACUAACUAUAUUAUACUAUAUAUAUUAUACUAUAUAUAGUAUAUAACUAUAUUAAUCGUGUACAAAUUACUAUUAAUACAUAACUAAUGACAUAAUUAUAACUAUUCAUAUUUUUAAGAUUGAGUAUUUUUGAUAUAAAUUAGAUAUUUUUAUUCAAAAAUUAAUUGAAUAAACUAAAAGUACAUGAUAAAUAAUAUAUUUUAAUAAAAUCUUAUAAAAAAGUAAAUACAAAUUGUAAUAAAUAUUUAUUGUUGAAUAAUUAUAGCAAUAUACAAUAAUAAAUGAAUAUAAAAAUAUAAAAUAUAAAUGAAUAUAAAAUAAUAUAAUUAAAAUUAUUAAAUUUUAAUAAUUAAUUUUUAAUUGAUUUUAAUUUAUUAUUUUAUAAUUUGUGAAUUAGUUUUUGGAAUAUUGCAUUUCGUUACAUGUUAAAAUUAUUGUAUUAAUUACAAAAUAUUUUCAAAUUAAUGAUUUUCAAUCUAUCUAAUAAUAGUUUUUAAAUUCCCAGAUAUUCUGCAUUAAAUUCUGAUUAAAGAAACAAAUUAAUAAGAUAAAUUUGAUUAAAAGUAUAUCAUAUUAUCUAUUAUCUUAUUAAUAUUAUCUUAUUAACAUUAUCAUCCAGUAUUAUCAUUUUCUCAAAGAAAAAAUUGGCAAUAAGUUGGUUUUUAAUAAUAAAUUGGUUGUCAUGUAUUUUUCAAAGAAAUAAUCAUGUAUUUAAACUUUUAUGAUUAUAGAAAGAUAUUAGAUUUUUAUCAAAAAUUUUUUUGGAAAAUAUUAUAUAAAGAUUUUGUUAAUAUGAAUUAUAACUCAAAUUCAUCCAGAUUAAAUAUUUUUUCGAAAAAUCAGCUAAAAAAUGCUAGGAAAGGAAAUUUAAGUUAUACGAAAAAUCAAAUUAAUGAAAUAUUUAAAUAUUUAAUAAAAUUAUAUUCUUAAAGCAGCAUGAUAAAUAAAUUAUAAUUGAUUUUUGAAUAUUUUUAUUUAGAAGUCUAAAACUUUUAAAAAUGUGAGGGUUGCUAUAAUUAUGCAUUAUAUUAUAAUAAUUAUUAAUUUGUAUUAUAUUAAUUUGAGAUUAUAUAAUUUGAGAUAAAUAUAAGUCAUAAUGUAAAAAUAUAAUAAUAUAAUAAUAAAUAUAAAAAUAUAAUAAUAAUAAUAUAAAUUAAGCAUUAUGAGACUAAUAAGACAAUACAUUUCAAAAUAAUUUAAAAUGAUAGAAAGUCAUGUAUAAUUCUCUAUACUUUUUAUGAUUUAUAUUGUAUAAAAAUGAUGAUUUAUAGUUAACAACAUUUCAUUUACAAAAAACAAUAUAAAAAUAAUAUUAAAUAUUUUUUUAACUUAUAGUAAACGAGAAAAAGAGAAAUUGUAAUAUAAAUAUAAUAAAAUCUUUAUUGUAAUACAUAA